AUGGCGCUGCCACCAGAGCAGCUCCCACCGCGCGGCCCCCGCGCCCCCCCGGCGCUGGGGGAUUUUAUGCUCCCCGAGAGCUUCUACCCGCGAGCCUUUGCCAAACUGUCCCGGCUGCUCAGCCAGGUGCUGCCCUUCCCCGUGUCCUGGAUCCCCUGGACAGCAUGGGCACCUCCGGACCCGCAAGCACCACCACCAGAGCCGGGGGCCGUUGGUGAUGGGGCCGGCUCGGCGGGUGGCCCUGGAGGUCCCCGCGGCUCAGCACGGCUCCCACUCCCCCUCACAGGGCUGCAGAGGGCUCCAUGCGGUGGCUUCGAGGAGCCCCAGGUCUCCUCCACGCCAUGGACCAGCCCCAACGUGCUUCCAGCGGACACCUCCACACUGGGCUACGGUGCUGCUGCUCUGCCGGGUGCUGCCCUGUUGGGCCCCGGGGGCUGCAGGACCCUCCCGGCCUGGGCAGCCCCCGAGACCCCCCAGGGCCCAGCUCAACACCUUGAACCCCAGAACCAUCAGGGGAGAGGAGCAGAGGCCCCAGGAGACCUGGUGCUGCCAGCGCCCAGCCCCAUGAACCAGUACAUCGAGGGGGUUCCUGAAGGGAUCAACAUCUGCAGCACGGCCACCCCUGCGGGGACACCCCCCGGCAGCAACAGCCCCCUGGGUAGCAGCGUCCCUGCAGCUGACGAGCCCAACCAUGGCCUUGGGGAUGAAGAAGGUGACAUUGAGGUCACUGAGGAGAUGCUCCUCAAAGAAGCCUUACGGCUCUUUGGCAUGUCCGAGGACAUGGGGGAUGUCAUCCUUGAUGGUCCUAGCAAUGUCACCAUGCCUGAGGACCACAGUGGCACCAUCGGAGAGGGGAUAACAGUGGCCCCAGCUGCCCUGGAAUUGCCAAAUUCCAUCUCUGGCAAUGAGAACAUCGAGGGGGUGUUUCCAGCAACCAACAUCUCCAGCACGGCCACCCCCAUGGCGACACCCCCCAGCAGCAACAGCCCUGCAGGCAGCGACAUCCCUGCAAGCCCCCCUGGUGACCAGCACAACCAGGGCCCUGGGGACUCAGACGAGGACAUUGAGGUGACAGAGGAGAUGCUCCUCAAAGAGGCCUUACAGGUCUUUGGAAUGUCCCAGGACAUGCUGGAGGUGACCCAGGAUGUUCCCGGCAAUGUCACCAUGCCUGGGGACCCUGGUGUCACCAUUGAAAAGCAGGGAUCAGUGGCCCCAGAUGCCCCAGUUGUGCCGAAUUCCAUCCCUGGCCAUGAGAACAUCAAGGGGGCGUCUCCAGCUCCCAACAUAUCGAGCACGGUCACCCCUGGGACAACACCCUCCAGAAGCAGCAGCCCCUCUGGCAGUGACGUCCCCUCCAGCCCAUUCGCUGACCCCCUCCACCAAGGCCUUGGGGAGCAAGAUUUCAUGCUCGAAUACGCCAGGGAGGUGGAGGAGGCCGUGCGCUCCAUCAUCAGCUACGAGGCCACGGAGGGGGUCAGCCAGGAGGGUCCCGGCAGCAGCCCCAAGCCUGGGGAGCCUGGUGGCGCGGGCACAUCCCAGCCUGCCAGGGCAGAGAAACGGGGGAGCCAAGAUAUUGGGAUCCCAGCAGGUGGCCUUGGCAUGACUGAUGAAAUGAUUCUUGAAGAGAUCCUGUAUGUCACUGGUUCCUACCUGGAAGCGAGAGGGGAGAACUGUGGCCCCAGCGUCCCAGAGCUGCUGACGUCCAUCCGUGGCUACGAGCAGCUCAAGAGGCUUUUAGAAGACAUCAGUAUCUCCAGCACAGCCACAUCAGUGGGGUCACCCCAGGGCAGCGACAUCCCCCCCCAGCUCCUGUGGUGGGGGCACUGCAGGGCGGGGCGGAACACGGGGAGCCCCAACAUUCCAUCGGGGAGACGUCAAAGAGUCCUUAGCAGCGGGCAGCAGCCAGCACGGACCAUGGCGCUGCCACCAGAGCAGGUCCCACCGCGCGGCCCCCGCGCCCCCCCGGCGCUGGGGGAUUUUAUGCUCCCUGAGAGCUUCUACCCACAAGCCUUUACCAAGAUGUCCCGGCUGCUCAGCCAGGUGCUGCCCUUCCCUGUGUCCUGGAUCCCCUGGACAGCAUGGGCACCUCCGGACCCGCAAGCACCACCAGCAGAGCCGGGGGCCGUCGGCGGUGGGGCCGACUCGGCAGGUGGCUCUGGAGGUCCCCGCGGCUCAGCACGGCUCCCACUCCCCCUCACAGGGCUGCAGAGGGCUCCAUGCGGUGGCUUCGAGGAGCCCCAGGUCUCCUCCAUGCCAUGGACCAGCCCCAACGUGCCUCCAGCAGACACCUCCACGCUGGGCUACGGCGCUGCUGCUCUGCCGGGUGCUGCCCUGUUGGGCCCCGGGGGCUGCGGGACCCUCCCGGCCUGGGCAGCCUCCGAGACCCCCCAGGGCUCAGAGCAUCACCUUGAACCCCAGAACCAUGAGGGGAGAGGAGUAGAGGCCCCAGGAGACCUCGUGCUGCCAGCGCCCAGCCCCGUGAACCAGCACAUCGAGGGGGUUGCUGCGGGGAUCAAUAUUUGCAGCAUGGCCACCCCUGCGGGGACACCCCCCGGCAGCAACAACCCCCUGGGUAGCAGCGUCCCUGCAGCUGACGGGCACAACCAUGGCCUUGGGGAUGAAGAAAGUGACAUUGAGGUCACUGAGGAGAUGCUCCUCAAAGAAGCCUUACGGCUCUUUGGCAUGUCCGAGGACGUGGGGGAUGUCAUCCUUGAUGGUCCUGGCAAUGUCACCAUGCCUGGGGACCACAGUGGCACCAUCGGAGAGGGGAUAACAGUGGCCCCAGCUGCCCUGGAAUUGCCAAAUUCCAUCCUUGGCAAUGAGAACAUCGAGGGGGUGUUUCCAGCGACCAACAUCUCCAGCACGGCCACCCCCAUGGCGACACCCCCCAGCAGCAACAGCCCUGCAGGCAGCGACAUCCCUGCAAGCCCCCCUGGUGACCAGCACAACCAGGGCCUUGGGGACCCAGACGAGGACAUUGAGGUGACCGAGGAGAUGCUCCUCAAAGAGGCCUUAUGGCUCUUUGGAAUGUCCCAGGACAUGCUGGAGGUGACCCAGGAUGUUCCCGGCAAUGUCACCAUGCCUGGGGACCCUGGUGUCACCAUGGAAAAGCAGGGAUCAGUGGCCUCAGAUGCCCCAGUUGUGCCGAAUUCCAUCCCUGGCCAUGAGAACAUCGAGGGGGUGUCUCCAGGUCCCAACAUCUCCAGCACAGUCACCCCUGGGACAACACCCCCCAGAAGCAGCAGCCCCUCUGGCAGUGACGUCCCCUCCAGCCCAUUCGCUGACCCCCUCCACCAAGGCCUUGGGGAGCAAGAGUUCAUGCUCGAAUACGCCAGGGAGGUGGAGGAGGCCGUGCGCUCCAUCAUCAGCUACGAGGCCACGGAGGGGGUCAGCCAGGAGGGUCCCGGCAGCAGCCCCAAGCCUGGGGAGCCUGGUGGCGCGGGCACAUCCCAGCCUGCCAGGACAGAGAAACGGGGGGUAAAGCGUGGAGGGAGCCACUUGCCCACGCCCCCCCCCAAGCGCAGGCCUCCUCCAAGGGGGGAUUAG